GAAGUCUAUCCCACCAUUGGUUAACCCACCCCAGAUCUUUUGCCAUGCUGCAGCUGAAGAAAAACAAAAUCGUGACCCAUGUCUCUGAAGGCCAGGUGGAAAUACGACAGAUGGAGGUGGAUUGGUAUUGUGGCAACUACCAGACCAUCUCAGGUCAAGCCGCCAUGCUGGCGGGUUUCGCCUUCAAUUUCAUCACUGCGCCCAUGCCGAAGGACCAAGAGAACACACUACUGGAGUUCAUCUACUUCUAUUGUGUUUGCGCUGCAAUGGGGGCUGAGCUGGGCGUCAUCGUGAUCUCCAGCUAUUUGUCGGUUUGGGCUCCGAGCCUGGCUCUGCGAGGCAAGAGGGGAGCUACUGACCUGCACAAGGCCUGCGACACUCUACGAGAUUAUCAAGCACUUGUCUUCACCUGCUUCAUGUGUGGAUGGGUGAUCUAUUUCAUUGCCAGCGUGCUGCAGGUCUGGAUCUUUUACAGAAAGUCCAUUGCCACCUUUGUUUCGAUUCCUUUCAGCAUUUUCACCCUGGCCAUUAUUUGGUACCUCUUUGACUUGCGAUGGAAGCUCAGUCUACCAGAGGACCAGGUGGUGAGCGGCAAGAUCGCCCACUUCCGGCGAUAUGAAAACAUCGGUGACAUCGCAGAUGGCCUUCCAGCGUCAGGCUCCGCGUCACGAGCCGGGGGUGCUGGAGGCGACUACUUUGCCGUGGGCCAGGAUGAGGGCGAUGAACCCAAGAUCCUGGUCAGUGGGCGGACGACCCAGCGCUCAUCCUAAGUGGCCACAAAGAGGGCCACGGAAGCUGGGUCAGUUAGGGUGGGCCCAGGGGCACGGUGGGCUGGGAUACGGCCAGUGCGCCUGACUAACCCAACUGUUUGCUGUGUAAGCUUGGC